CCCCGGACAAGUGCCCUCGACGGCUUCGACGAGAUCGUCCGCGCGCGUGGCUACGAGUAUUACCCGUGAAGUAUUCAUUGACGCGUGUCGCGGUAUAAUUCUCUUGCGAGAAGAGAGAGCACGACCGUUCCGAGUGUUUCGAUCGUCUCGUUGACAGAUAGAAGAGAGAAGGGUACGCAAAGUAUGUUCACUGACUUGUGCUGACUCGUAUCCUUCUCGUACGAAUCCUCGUUUAACGGAAAACGCUGUUUGAAUAUUUUAAUAGUCAAAUAUCUGUUCCGUGUUGAUUUAUUUCACUUUUGACCGGUGAAAGGAUUAUAUUGCAGACGAUUCGUGUCGCGAUAUCGUCUUGUUUGCGCGAAUCAACCCCUUGCGAAGGACACGAAGGUGCUCCAAUAUUCCCGAUAGUAAUCGAGUAAUGUAUCGAUUGAUCUGCAAGAGACAUCGUAAUCAUCUUGGAAGAUUAAGAGCAGCUGGAAUUCCCAUCUAAACGUGAUUGCAUGAUGAUUUGUAACAUACCUAUGCGCCAUUGAUACAGUGAGAACUGGUACGCAUCUCGCAGAGAAACUCGCGAAGGAGGCAGUGGUGUUCGUGAAAGGCUCGUUAAUUACCGGUGAAAAAAACAGCUUUGGAUUAUGACUAUUGGGUGAACAUUCUUUGCAGAUGACAACCGACAUGGCGACGUCGUAAAAUCGACGCGGCUCUCAUCCUUCAUGGAUUAUAAGUGAUAACGCGGGACUAAAAUGACCAUCAUCGUGGGACUCCACGCUCCUUAACGCGAUUUGUUUAUCCAAAAAUAUCGCCGCAAGUGUCGUCAUGACGCGUAUGGAUCGCGCAUGAACGAUCACGUGUCAUUCCAGAUAGACCAUCUCGGCGACGAUCCGGGACAAAUUGGUGACUCGUACGGCGUAUUUGACAUCUGACAGUGUCCGACGUGCGUGCAUUCGCGAUUGCAAUCAGAAAAAAAGAGAAAAAGGAAAGAUAAGCAAACGGCGUGAACGAGAGAAUUGCGCGAACGCGAAGUUCGUGUACGAGCACGGACUGUCGUCGUUGACGUAGCAAAAAAAUACGCGGAGCGUCAUAAAAGAAAGGCGCGUGAGGGAUGCGGCCCACGGACGAAGGGUGGGGUCUUUGGAUACCGAUAAGGCUUAUCCGGAGAUACGAUGGCCGGCAACUGCGCUCGUCGAGUCGUCAGUCGUAGUGCUCAGGUGCCGUCGACGAGAUCGUCGCGCCGCUCAGGUCGUAGUGAUAUCGCGCAUCAUACGUCACUUUGCUCCGAGGAGAUAUCUUGAGAGUAACGUUUCCGGACCAGGUGCUUGGUGAUAUCGCGGGAGUUCGUGAAGAGGUCUUUAGAAGGUACGACAGGUCGGCCUUUUUGUGAGGAGAUCGCGUUAUAUAAAGUAGCGACGAGACGAGCGAGACACGAUAACGGGCAAUCACUGCCGCGAGAGCGACUAAUCGCCGUUUCCGAGGUCGUCUCGAGUUUUUAAUUUGACGCUUUAGCGCGUUAAGUGGACGGCGACAAAAAGCGGCCACCUACAUACAUCGAGGGUGCGAGCGAGGAAAAGUGAGAGGAGAAGGGUUUCGUAUUCUACAGCUGAAUCGUGUCUCAACGGACUUCCAAAGACGCUCCUAUCCGCUCUUCUGGCAUUCUAGAAGUAUACGAAAGAAAAACAAACGAUCGGAUCAAUCGCUGUCACGCGCUAUUCGAAAGGAUCGAGACUUUAACGGGACUUUCAGUCUUUCGGCCGCGCGCUUUCGUGUUGUCAGUGCUUAAACCACGCGAUGAGUGUAUGAUCCGCGUGUUAAGAAUUAUCGAACGCAGCUCGUGAAACAAGAGUGUCCUGUGUCGUUUGUAUAAGUAGCCCGUUCGCGCGACACACAGUAGAGUUUGAGGGUUUGACGCCUUCAAACCGCAAGUGUAAAAUAAUCCUGUCUUCCUCAAGGAUAAACGAGAUCGAGCAAAGGAGACACCGACAACCGGUCGUCCAACGAAUCCCGAUGAAAAUGCUACAGUCGCUCAACGCUCUGGCGGGUAAAAUCUCGCCAGGCUCUCCCACGGACAGCAAUGCCAACAAGGUGCACAUGCAUAACAACAACAAUAAUAACAACAACGUAGUACAUCACCAUCCCUACUCCAAACAGCAGGCUCAGCCGUCUCCAUCGCAUUCGGCCAACGGCGAUCAGAAGGAAAACACCAUAAUGAACAACAACAGUGUGGAGCAGCCGGAUCCGGACAACAUAAAGAUGUUUGUGGGACAAGUACCUCACGACAUGGACGAGAAUGACCUGAGGACGAUGUUUGAAGAAUAUGGUCGAGUGCAUCAGAUAAAUAUUCUGCGGGACAAGAUCACCGGCAGUCAUAGAGGAUGUUGCUUCGUAACUUUUUAUACCAGAAAAGCAGCUUUGGCAGCGCAAAAUGCCCUUCAUAAUGUCAAAACUUUUAGCGGGAUCAACCUUGCGUACUACAAUUCCGCCGUUGCGCGUCGUAACAAGAUGCGCCAUCCGAUCCAGAUGAAACCAGCUGACAGCGAGAAUCGGAACGAGCGCAAGUUAUUCGUCGGCAUGCUAUCGAAAAAGUUUACGGAGAACGACGUUAGGAACAUGUUCAGCGCUUACGGAAUGAUCGAAGAAUGUUCGGUGCUGAGGGACAGUACCGGAAAGAGUAAAGCCUGUGCCUUCGUUACCUUCGCUAGUAAACAGUACGCGAUCAAUGCCAUUAAAGCUCUGCAUCAUUCCCAGACAAUGGAGGGUUGUUCGUCGCCGUUAGUCGUAAAAUUCGCCGACACGCAAAAGGAAAAGGACCAGAAAAGGAUGCAGCAACUCCAGUCGAAUCUCUGGAAUAUCGCGGGAGUCAACAUCGCGCCGCAUUACCUGACCAAUGACGCGCAUACCUUGGCGCCUGCAUCGUUGCAGCUGCUGCAACAAUUGCAGGCGACAACGAGCGCCGCGACUCCAGUCACUGCUAACGCGGGGGCGGCGAAUGCAUUGUCGAAUGUGCAACAUCAAUUGUUGUUACAACAACACCUUGGCCUUGGAGCGGCAACCCCCGCGCACGCAGCGCCCCCCGCUGUACCGAGUCCGGCGGAAAUCAACCCUGCGAAUCUGCAAAGUCUGGCCACCCUCGCAUCUCUGAGCAACACCGCUGGUGAGUAUGCGAACGCGGGCGUAUCGCCGAUGAGUAUGCAGAACCUCGUCACUCUGGCAGCUAUGACCGGCGGAAACGGCAACCUCCAGGUGUCGCCAAACACAUUAAGCGGCCUGGCAAAUUCGACAGCAGGUAUGUCGCUAUCUGCUCUUCUGGGAAAAACAGGAAAUACAGGGUCUACCGGAGGCAGUCUUAGUCCUGUGACAUCUCUCACGCUCAACUCCUUGACGGGGACGCCCCUAAACGGGCUUCAAGACUCGCUGAGCAACGCUUAUUCCAGUUUGCAACAAUAUGCAGGGUUUCCCGCGUUCACGGCAGCUGCAGCCGCUGCGGCGGCGGCAACCCAGAAGACGAAGUUCACUAACACAGACAAGCAGAUUGAGGGUCCUGAAGGUUGCAACCUCUUUAUCUACCAUCUACCGCAGGAAUUCAGCGACACGGAUCUCAUCUCCACCUUUUUGCCCUUCGGCAACGUCAUAUCCGCCAAAGUUUUCAUAGAUAAGCACACGCACAUGAGCAAAUGCUUCGGUUUCGUAUCGUAUGAUAAUGCAACGAGCGCGCAAGUGGCGAUCCAAACAAUGCACGGUUUCCAGAUUGGCAUGAAGCGGCUGAAGGUCCAGUUAAAACGGUCCAAGGACGCCUCUAAGCCGUACUAGCCGACGUCACAGAGCGUUCGUAGCAGGUGGCCUGUGACGUUGUGACCGUGUACUCUCGAUCGGAGUCGCCGUGCCAUGUCAGUCUCAGUCAAAUCGGUAUCGAUCGUUUGCUCGAUCGAUCGAUUGAUCAAUCACGAUUCCCCGGUCAGUCUCUCGAUCAGUCUAUCUGUGUCUGUCGGUGCCUGUAUAAAGAACAACACCCGCUCAAACGCGCUCUCACUUCCGCCGUAAGAUCCUCUGCCCGGUCGACCUCUUCUCUCUUCUCAUCUCUCAUCCUUACGACCUUUCGCGCGCUUAUACCACCUGUCCACGAAGGCGCGACAUCGCUCAUAUUUUGCAAUCACGCUGAAACUUCGCGCCUUGUACCUUCUCGAUCGCGGCUGCACACGCGAAAAGUCGGACUCGCAGGAGAAUUCACGAUGCUGGACGUACGUGCGAAAGAUCACGAGCGAGAAAUUGUGCAGAGGAACAAGACGAAGAGAGCCAAGAAAGUGGAACGGAAAGUGGAGGAUACCAACGACCGAGCUGGGUUCCUCGAACGAAGCUAACGCACCACUUUAAUUGUCUGUCCACAACCCUCCCUGUAUAUAUAUACAGAUAUAUAAAUAUAUUAUACAUAUAUGUAUAUAUACAUAUAUGUGUACGUGUGUAUGAUAUGUGCGUGUAUACGCGUGUGUGUCGAGAGCGCGACGAGAAUUCUCGCGGCUGACUAGCGCGUCGUUUGAAAGGGGUCAAAAGGAUGAGGAACGAGCCGCGGCACGAGCUGUGCAAGGAAAUUUCUUAUACAUAACUAUACAUAUACAUACAUGUUCAUAAAUCGGAUUAUCGACUGAGAACUAUUUUUAUCGGCUCUAUUGUCGAGAUCACUGUCAGCGCUUUUCAUGGCGUCUGUUUAUAUAAUAUAUAAAUAUACAUACACACACAUAUAUAUGCGUCACGGCGAAUUGGGCGUGUAGGCGAGAUAAUGUGUGUGUAUGAAAAAAAAAAAUGCGAGAGAGACGGAGGCUGGAAAAGGAAACGCGAAAGGACGAACAAUGAUCGUGCGGGACCGACGCGCGUGCGAUUUCUUAGGUUUUAAAUCGUGCAAAUAUACCAAAAACGAAACGGAUACAAAGAAAAAAAAACAAAAACCGAUAGAUAGCGAAGAAAUGAAUGUAAGAAACAUUUUGUAGUAAUGACCUUUGUGAUAAGAUUGUAUCGUAUAGGGGACCGGAUUUGGGGCCGAUGGUCUCAAAAUGAAGCUGGGCCGGAUUGUUCAGAAAUAACACAUCAGGCGUCACGCGUUAACGCGCGCAUCCAAUUUUAUGCCGCCGCUGGAAAGGCUUCGCGAACGUAGAAAAGUACACGAGAUGCGAGAAAUUUUUAACGAGUUUUAACGUCGGACGAGUUUCCCGACCGCGCACUUGCAUCGUCUUCUUCGUCCGAUCCUGUGGACAAGCUGCUUGGAUCGACUUGAGUUAAAAAUCUUCACAGCACGAUAUAAUGAAUGCGGAAUAGGAGGGUAUUACAGUGUAUUAAGAGUUAUAUAUAUAUAUUAUAUAAUUGUGAAACAAUUUCGCAUUCAAAAGAAAAAGAUAAAUUCAUUCGAGUAGAGAAUUGCAUCAGCGCGUAAGAUAUUUUGAAAUAAUUCAUUCGUGACGCCGAAUAUAAAUCUGCUUCUUGGAAGUAAAAGGAAAAACAUUUUGAGUUUUGGGGGAUCAAAAUUCUGUCGAUCACGAACCGGUUUGUAGGGACCUUGGAUAAUUAUAAAUUAACAAUGUGCUUUUUACGUGUGAGAUUUACCUUUGCAUUGUUUCUAAGAUAAUCGACGCAAUCGUAAUUAAAUAUUAUCGAAAGAAAACAAAUGUAUCGAUGCCUAUGUCGCAAAUACAUUGACUUUGAUUCAAAUGAAAU